AUUUGUUUGAUUUAUUUGUCACCUAACUAGAGACUCUCUCACAGUCAACGCAGCUUAUGUGUCAUAGUAAGACUUUUUGUCUACUAUAGUAGAAAGACGAAUUUAUAACCCCUUUAGGUUUUUUCUAACACACGCCUCUAAUCUCCGCGCACACACACACACCCUCACGAAGAAGAAGAAGACGAAGAAGAAUCAAUGGCUUCUGUUAUCUCUUCCUCUCCUUUUCUAUGCAAAUCAUCCUCCAAGAGUGAUUUGGGGAUUUCUUCGUUUCCUAAAUCUUCUCAGAUUUCGAUUCAUCGAUGUCAGAAGAAAUCGAUCUCACGGAAGAUUGUUUCCGUUAUGGCUCCUCAAAAGGAUCGGUCUCCUGGAACUACAGGAUCGGUGAAAACUGGGAUGACAAUGACGGAGAAGAUUCUAGCUAGAGCUUCGGAGAAGUCAUUAGUGGUUCCUGGUGAUAACAUUUGGGUUAAUGUUGAUGUUCUUAUGACUCAUGAUGUUUGUGGUCCUGGUGCUUUUGGUAUCUUCAAGAGAGAGUUUGGUGAAAAAGCCAAGGUUUGGGAUCCGGAGAAGAUUGUUGUGAUUCCGGAUCAUUAUAUUUUCACUGCUGAUAAGCGUGCAAACCGGAAUGUUGACAUCAUGAGGGAGCAUUGCAGGGAACAGAAUAUUAAGUAUUUCUAUGAUAUCACUGACCUUGGAAAUUUUAAGGCUAAUCCUGACUACAAAGGUGUUUGCCAUGUUGCACUUGCACAAGAAGGUCAUUGCAGGCCAGGAGAGGUUUUGUUAGGAACAGACUCACACACUUGUACUGCUGGAGCAUUUGGUCAAUUUGCUACAGGGAUUGGAAACACUGAUGCAGGUUUUGUGUUAGGCACUGGAAAAAUCCUCCUUAAGGUUCCACCAACGAUGAGGUUUAUCUUGGAUGGUGAGAUGCCUAGUUAUUUGCAAGCAAAGGAUCUGAUUUUACAAAUUAUUGGUGAAAUAUCUGUUGCUGGUGCAACUUACAAGACGAUGGAGUUCAGUGGUACAACUAUCGAAAGUCUGAGUAUGGAAGAAAGAAUGACAUUGUGCAACAUGGUUGUGGAAGCUGGGGGAAAGAAUGGUGUCAUCCCUCCUGAUGCGACGACAUUAAAUUAUGUUGAGAAUAGGACAUCUGUACCAUUUGAGCCAGUAUAUAGUGAUGGAAAUGCAAGCUUUGUCGCAGAUUAUAGAUUUGACGUGUCAAAGCUGGAGCCUGUGGUGGCUAAGCCUCAUUCUCCUGACAACCGAGCUCUAGCUAGAGAAUGCAAAGACGUGAAAAUUGACAGAGUAUACAUCGGUUCUUGUACUGGUGGGAAGACAGAGGAUUUUAUGGCUGCAGCUAAACUUUUCCACGCAGCAGGAAGAAAGGUCAAAGUUCCAACUUUCCUUGUCCCGGCUACUCAGAAGGUGUGGAUGGAUGUGUAUGCUCUCCCGGUACCUGGAGCAGGUGGAAAGACAUGUGCGCAGAUCUUUGAAGAAGCUGGCUGUGACACACCAGCCAGCCCUAGCUGUGGUGCUUGCCUUGGUGGCCCAGCAGACACCUACGCUCGCUUGAAUGAACCUCAAGUGUGUGUCUCAACGACAAACAGGAACUUCCCCGGUCGGAUGGGACACAAAGAAGGGCAAAUUUACUUAGCGUCUCCUUACACUGCUGCAGCCUCGGCUUUAACCGGCCGUGUCGCUGACCCAAGGGAGUUCUUGCAGUAGGCUAAUGUAAUGGCUUCGUGUGAAAAAUCAUAUGCUAUGCAUCGACGAAAUAUUGCUAAAUGAUGGGGCAUUGUGAACUAUAUGUAUGUAUUUUCCUUAUUUCGCUGUUGGACUUGAUAGUUUCAAGCACUAUGUCAAACUUUGAUGUUUUGAGUUUGAAAUAAUAAAAGAGAGAAAAAGAGUGAGUUAGAUAAGUCAAAAGCUUACAUUCUAAUAUCUCCAUGACCCCAUUAGUGAUUUGAUCGCAAAAGUUAAUUAUUGAAAACUUGGUGAAAUUUUGCUAUCGAAGAUAAAUCAUGCGGUAUCUUCCUUUCUGGUUUGCAAAAGCUAG